UCUCAACUACACAAAAAGUGAUAAUUUGAAUUAUAUUUGAUAAAUUGAAAAUUUAAAUUUGCGCUUUUUAUCCGAUAAACCAAUAAAGAUGUAUAAAAUCCCUGUAUAAAAAAUGAUUGAUUAUGCUAAUAUAUUUUUGUCAAUUUUGCAGUGCAUUCAAAUAUUAUUUGAACCUCGGAAUCGUGAAGUUCUCGAGCAGUUAAGAAGGCAGUCAAUCAAUUUACAUCCAAUUCAAUUGGCUACCAGUAAAGUUGGUAAAUGAGAUAUAAUUAUGAACUUUUACUACAUUCAACAUCCGUUGAUAUUUUCAAUUUCUAUCAUGGAUAUAUCGCUGGCUACCGCUGGCCUUGAUUGGGCACGCAGUGUGGACGCAGCCAUGGACCAACGCAGCCAAGCUUACCAGGCUGGGCGAGCGACUCGACCAAUAUGUGGAAGCAGGACUGACAUUUUUAAACAGAUUCCUGGUUGGAAUGACAUCAGAAUGCAACGCCUUGUCAAUUGUUCCACAAAAAGCGCCCUACUGCACCUCCAGUCAGUCUAUGGAAGUCAUGGCAGAAGCUAUUCACACAUUUUUCACCAACAAAAAUGCCAAUGGGAUUCUAAAAGCUUACCGAAUAGUGCUCGCAAAAUUUAUCUGUCAUUUUUCAUGUACAUCAGUAUUCUGCUAAUUCUACUCACAUUGUUUUAGGAUGUUCACAAAACAAACAAAUUUGUGUAUACAUUUAUAAAUUAAUAAAGUGUCUUUGA